AUGAUGGCAGCUUCCUCCUCAGCUCAGUGGAGACAAGCUUUGGGGACAUUGCGGGCACUGCAUCAAUUCAGGGAGACGCCCGACGAGCGGAGCUAUAGCGCUGCCAUGGCUGCCUGUUCGGCAGAAAGGUGGCCAGGCGCGUUGGCUGCCUGGAGCUCAAGUCGAGACGACUUGUCGGACCAGGAUGUGGUCUUGCUGGGUGUGGCAAUGACGUCCUGUGGGGCGAAUCGCUGGGUACACUGUUUGCAGAUGCUGGAGAAUUUGAGCGACUGCCAGGUGCAGCUGAACGUGGUGGUUUUUAGCACUUUGAUCUCCUUUCUAAGAAGCUGGACUGCGGCGAAUUGGUCAAAUAUGGUCACAGCCUCCAACCACCUUUCUUAG